GUGAAGGUAUAUAAGAUCCAUGGGUCGACCACUGUGGUUACUGCAGUUGGCAGAUUGAAACAAGCUCGCUUGCGAAUCCACUCUAGCACCUCAAGACACACUUGAGAAAACAAUGGCUCUUGCUUCGCUCUGUGCAGCUGCCGACAUUGAGGCAGCCCUGACAGCAUGUGCAGGUGCUGAUUCCUUCAAGCACAAGGAGUUCUUCGCCAAGGUUGGCCUUUCCGCCAAGGGAGCCGAUGAAAUCAAGAAGGCCUUUGCCAUCAUUGACCAGGACAAGAGCGGCUUCAUUGAGGAGGAGGAGCUGAAACUGUUCCUGCAGAACUUCAAGGCUGGUGCUAGGGCUUUGACUGAUGCCGAGACCAAGGUCUUCCUUAAAGCCGGAGACAGUGAUGGUGAUGGCAAGAUUGGAAUUGAUGAGUUCGCUGCCAUGAUCAAGCCAUAAAUCUUGACCAAUCAACACCUCUUGCUUAAAGGAACAACACUGCCCACGACCUCCUUUUUCAUCACGAAAAGCAUCUGAUUUUUAUACAGUAGCCUACACGUGCUUCAAACAUGCCAGCGGGAUUGUCCUCUCCCAUGUUGCACUCUGUCCAAAAUGAUGACUGUCAAUGUAAUGUGGUUGUGUCUCAUGUCCUGAGUAUGAAUUUUGGUACUUGGAAAAUCUGCACUUUUGGGGAAUGGACGAUGAGAGAAGAAUAAAUUUUCUUUUUCUUUA